UUGGUUGAGUACGGCAGGGAACGACUGACAUUUCGUAAAGUUUCAUCGUAUGUUAGCUGUUACGUUACGGCAUUUUCAUAAAGAAAAGGGUAAUCGUUUAUUUUGUGAAUCAAGAAAAUUGAACAGUGCUUCCAAAUUAAUGUGAAUAACUGACAGCCUCACUGACAGCUGCUGAGCUUUUGGCUUUCAGUAAUGUAAUUUGUCCGUAUCAACUGAAAACGAUUAUGAUGUUAGUUCUUGAUGUAUUUUCCGCUAAAACUAAUCUAAUCUAAUCUUAGUGUAAAAUUACUCGCAAUAGCGCCUCAUUAUGAUGAAUACUUUUAUAGGAGUGAUGAUUUAGAUGUGGUGACCAAAAUGUCUGAUUCAAAGUGUAACGAGGAGGAUGAGGCGUUUCCUUUGCACGAGUGCGUGUUCAAGGGGGACGUGCGAAAACUGUCAUCUUUGCUACGGCUGGAGGACGUGGCACGCAAGGACAAGCAUGGCAACUCGGCGCUGCACCUGGCGGUGAUGCUGGGGAGGCGCGAGUGCGUGCAGCUGCUGCUGGCGCACGGCGCACCCGUCAAGCUCAAGAAUCUCGCGGGCUGGUCACCGCUCGCGGAGGCUAUCAGUUAUGGAGACCGCCAGACUAUAUCCUCUCUCGUACGCAAGCUCAAGCAACAGGCUCGCGAACAAAUGGAACGUAGGAGACCUGACCUAAUUAGAGCUCUAACUCAAAUACAAGAUUUCUACAUGGAACUAAAAUGGGAUUUUCACUCAUGGGUCCCUCUGGUGUCUAGAAUUCUACCAUCUGAUGUUUGUAAAAUUUAUAAGUCUGGUUCUGGAAUUAGAUUAGACACAACAUUAGUUGAUUUCACAGAUAUGAAAUGGGAGAGAGGAGACAUAUCAUUUAUAUUUCAAGGAGAAAAGCAACCUAGUGAAUCACUUACUGUGCUGGACAACAAAGCCAAGGUGUACCAGAGAGUGCGCUAUGAAGAGACAGAGAAUGAAAUAGAAGAUGAAGUGGACAUACUUAUGUCAAGUGAUAUUUUGGCAGCUCAAAUGUCUACUAAAGGUAUAGCAUUUUUGAGAGCACAGUCUGGCUGGAUAUUUCGUGAAGACCGAAAGGAGACUGUGGCAGGUCUCUACAGAAGUGACAUUUACACUAUUUCCGGCCUGGUCCUGGAAUCACGUAAAAGACGUGAGCACUUAUCUACAGAUGAUUUGCAAAAGAAUAAAGCUAUAAUUGAGAGUCUAACUAAAGGUAAUACACAGAAUCUAGACACUAAUGGAGAACCAACGAGGCGAGCAUCAUUAAACCCACCGCCAGAGAGUGGAGUGGACUGGGAAACCUACAUUGCUGCCCCUCCAGGCCAGUACCCCAGUCUGGGCAGGGAGCUAGUUUAUAAAGAAUCAUCUCGAAACUUUCGAGCUACAAUUGCUAUGAGUGAUGACUUUCCACUAAGUGUUGAUAUGUUACUGAAUGUAUUAGAAGUAAUUGCUCCUUUUAAACAUUUUGCUAAGUUGCGUCAAUUUGUUGCAAUGAAAUUACCUAAUGGAUUCCCAGUUAAAAUUGACAUACCAAUUUUACCUACAGUUACUGCAAAAAUAACUUUUCAAAAAUUUGAAUUCCAAAAUGACAUACCAAAUGAUAUGUUCAUUAUUCCAGAUGAUUACAUAGAAGACCCCAUGAGGUUUCCUGAUUUAUGACGCUUUGAUAUUUUAACAUUGUUUGAAGUUAGCGAAAAGCCUGUUUGGCGGCGAGAGGGAAAACGUGGGCACAUGUUAAGAAGGGUGAAGAGCUCAUGCUGCAAGGCUUCUGCACAAGGGCUUAUCACUAUAGAAUUCCCAAUGUUGUUCAGCCUAGGCAGCUCCUAUUCUAGCCACUGUGUUCUCUUUGUGGAGUAACUGUUUUUAAAAUGCUUGGAGUCCAAGGUGUACCCUCUAAUAUUCACUGUCCUCAUACAAAUUGUUGCAAGCCACCUACAUUCAUGUGUAGUUGUCCACCUUGUGUGCCCCUAUGAUUAUGAAAACUGUUUUAUUAUAAUUAUCUUAUUUUAUUUGGUACACAAACAGGGAAGUAAUUAAAAAUAUAAAUGCACUAAGUUACUUAAACAUUUACCUUUCGAUUUACAUAUGUAACGUAAAUCGGGAGAGAUUAAUAAUAAUGAAACCAUUAUAGUACUUCUUGCUACCUAGGGUGCCAUAUAGUCCAUCUAUUUGGGGAUCAGUAUUUUAAGGUGAAGGAGACCAGACCUAGGAUGAUUUGUUUUUAUUUAAAAAUUCACUCAGCGUAACUGAACUGUCAACCUUAACCUCCUGAGUUCUGAAAGCAUCUGUUUUGUUUUUUUAAUUUGGAACCUUUUGUUACUCAAUAAAAGUUCAAAAUAAAUUUUUGAAUAUGUACACAAAUUUGUAUACAAGGACUGGGGAGGUUAAGGCUUUGCACAAUUAAUGUGUUAACUUAUUGUAACAAAGCAAUGAUAUGAAACCCCUCUUAAUGUGUAGUCACUGAAGAUAGUGUGAGGAAUUAAUUAUAGUUUACUUGAUGUUUUCUAUUUCUGUAAUACCCAUGACUGUAUGCAGGUAGUGUGACUUGUGACUUGCUACUUGGUUGGAAUGGAACACCAAUGAUCCCACAUGGAAUUACCUAACCAUAUUUUUACUACUUCAACUGUAUAUAAUUUGUAUUGUAUACAGCUGGACUAAGAAUGUGUUGUUUGAAUGUAGCUUUUGUUAAAAGAGUAGAGGUCAUUGAAAAACAUUGUGAAUGUAAUAGAAUUGUUAGAGGAAUGAAGUGAACAGAUAGAUAAUAAAAAACAGCCUUAUUCCAAAACCUCAUUGUUAGUCUUAAUUAGACUGAACUUUAUGUUUAAGGGGAUUAUAUAUCUACCAAUUAAUUGUAUUUGUAGAUUCAAAUUUAGAAAAAUAUAGAUUAUGAUAACAAUUAGGUAGUGUAAAGAUAAUAAUUGGUCACUACAGGUAGAUUCACAAGUACUUUUGGGUUUUUAUUAUGUUAUUGUUUUUGUUGCUUUUUAUAAUUAUUUAAAAGAAACUUUGGUUUCUUAUAAAAUUUGUAUACAUUUGUACCUUUACCUUUAUAGAGCUUAAUACAUAUGUAACUUAUUCUUUUAGUGUUCCACACAAAACUUUGUCCAUGGAACACUUAUAGGAUCUCUUUGAUCUUGCUAAUCGGUUAAAUGUGUGUUUCUUAGAGACUGUUUGACAUAGAUAGCCAAAAUUAGGAACAGUGAUUGUAUAAUAGAUGAAACACCAGCAACUUACUGAUUAUUUUUAAUUAUGUGGGUACUGCUGAACACUACUUAAAAUUUCUUAUUGCUUGCCAAGUAUUAGAACAGUUAGAAUAUUAAGAAAUAGGCAAUGAAUGAGUUAUGAAUGUGAAUGUGGUUCCUUUGUUAUUUAUUACCUCAAAUAGUCAUUCAUGGCCUAGGUAUUAUGCAUAAUUUGUACCGUUUAUAUUGACUACCAUUUACUUCAUCCAGCAUCAUCAAAUCACAUUUAAUCCCAUUGUUUAUUAUAUAACAAGGUAUUAAAAGUG